AUGUCUUGUAAUGGAAAUUGUCUCCAGGGCUGCUGCUCCAGUGUCCCCACAGGUCCAGCCACCACCAUCUGCUCUUCAGACAAAUGCUGCCAGUGUGGAGUCUGCCUGCCCAGCACCUGCCCCCAUGAGAUCAGCCUUCUCCAGCCUGUCUGCUGUGAUUGCUGCCCUUCCUCCUGUGUGCCCCCCUGUGUGCCUGAUUCUUAUGUGCCAACAUGCUGGUUGUUGAACUCCUGCCAUCCGACCCCCAACCUCUGUGGCAUCUCAGUGACCACAUGCAUUCAACCCUGUGAGUGUGAACCAUCUUGCUGCUAG